AUGCACUCGAUGCUGUUCUCGGUGCUUGCAUUUGCAGCCUUGCUGCUGCCGACUCAGGCCCUCUACUUCUACAUUGACGGCCCCUCCCAAAAGUGCUUCUUCGAGGAGCUUCCCAAGGACACCCUGGUAGUUGGUGAGUAUCUUCUUUCUCCUAUUUGCUUGCAACCAUCUAACAACCUCAACUCAGGCCACUACACCGCCACACAAUGGAACGAGCAAAGCCGCAGAUACGAAGCCAACCCUGACAUGGGCCUCUACAUCAGCGUCGACGAAAUCUUCGACAACGACCACCGCAUCGUCUCCCAGCGCGGAAACUCUCAAGGCCGCUUCACCUUCUCCGCCGCCGACUCUGGCGACCACCGUAUCUGCUUUACUCCCACCAACGUCCCUUCCGCCCAAGGCUGGCUCGCAGGCGGCUCCUCAGCCGGAAACAUCAAACUCGAAGUCGACAUGGCUAUUGGCGAGACCUCGCGCAUCGAGAGCGACGACAAGCACAAGAUCACCGACAUUGUCUCCAAAGUCAAGGACUUGAAUGCCAGACUCAGCGAUAUCAGAAAGGAGCAGGUUUUCCAGAGAGAGCGUGAGGCCGAGUUCAGAAACAUGUCCGAGCACACCAAUGCUCGUGUUGUGCGUUGGACUCUUGUUCAGCUUGCCAUUCUGGGUGUCACUUGUGCCUGGCAGCUCUCGCACUUGAGAAACUUCUUUAUCAAGCAGAAGCUUACUUAG